CCUCGAGUGUGUGAGGGGUGUCUGCUCUGGGAGACGACCUGGCCAUCUUUGCCUCUGGCUGACUUGAACCUGACUCACGCUGCCCCCAGCCUCCUGGCUCAGAAACCUGUUCCCUGAUCCCGGUCCCCUGAUCUCUGUGCCCUCCCCUAGCCGUUCCCUGUCUCAGAAGAUCCUCUCCUCCCCCCUGGCCUGGCUGCCUCCUGCUCAGCCCUGGGCCUCAGAUCAGCAGGAAGCCUUCACAGGUCUUAAGUCUGAGUGGGCUUCUCCGAUCCGCCUCUGCCCCUCUGCAACCCUGGGCAUGUUGUGCGGUGCCCAUCUAGUGCCCCCCGCCCCGAUGGUGGGUUUGGGCAGGGAGCCGUGGUGAGAGAAGUCCAGCUGAAGCAGUGGGCAAUGGGCCCAGGGUCGAGUCGGUACAGGCUGGAGCAGUCUGAAGCUUCCAGAAGGAGAGUGGACUCUAACAUCUGUCCCACGGCAGACACCUUGUUUCUCCCCGUCUUCGUGCACCCCAACAGCGGCAACAACAUGACUGCCCCCCAGCCUGCCAUGCCAGAGCUAAGCCCAGCUGAGGAGGCUGGAGGCCCAGCAGGAAAGGCUGCGGUAGAUGCCCGGGAGAAGGGCCCUCGGCUGGGCCAGCGGCUGCCCUCCAUUGUGGUGGAGUCCAGCGAGGUGGGCGCUGUGGAGAGUGGGGAGCUGCGUUGGCCCCCUGAGGGCACCCUGAGGGGGCCAGCCCAGAGCCAGGCUGCUGCCUCCUCACCGAGUGGGCCGGGGGUACCAGGGAAGGCUCCGGAAGAUGCUGGCAGUCAGCAUGCCAGCAGCAAGGCGCAGGCCCACCAGACCCCCCAGUGAGAGGACAGAGCCGUGGCCGGAUUCUGCUGGGGGGGGUGGGUCCUGCCAACCCUGCCCCUGCUCACUGACAGCUGAGAGGGCCCCAGCCCCAGGGAGCAAAGGAGAGCCGGGCCACUGCCUCCUGCUCACGGGGCCUG